AAUACCGACGCUCGCCUGCUGGGGGCGUCGCGGAGCCGCGCGGCCUCGGGUCUUUUUGUCUGAACUGGAUCCCGCUGCCGCUUCACAGUGUGCGCGAUUAAACCGGAGCCGCGUCCGUCCCGCACUGUCAAAAAACCCACUCCAAACCCCUACACAAGCGCAGCCGGUACCGUUGUUUUCCCGUGCAGGCAUGAGCGGCUCCGCGCUGCGGUUGGGCUGAGCUCGCUCGCUCGAGUCCGUUCGGGCUGCCGUUGGAGCGGGUUUCUCCACUCUCAUCCUCCGUCAUUUCUUUAACUUUUCAAAACACGCAGCCGCGCCGGACCGGAGCAUGGGAUCCCCGGACUCUUAGGAACCGAAUCUGAGCUGGGGGUUUGACCGAAUUUCAGCGAAACGAUGGCGAACUCGACGGGGAAAAACCUCCCCGAGCCGCGGAGGAAAGGACAGGCUUUCCUGGACGAGCUGCGGCAGUUUCACCACAGCAGAGGAUCUCCGUUUAAAAAGGUUCCCGUGGUGGGUGGGAAGGAGCUGGACCUGGGUGCUCUCUAUGUGAGAGUGGUGUCUUUAGGGGGCUUCGCGAAGGUGUCGGACAAGAACCAGUGGACCGAACUGGGCGAGGAUUUCAAUUUCCCCAGGAGUUGCUCGAAUGCUGCUUUUGUUUUGAAACAGUACUACCUUCGAUAUUUAGAGAAGUAUGAAAAGGUGCAUCACUUUGGAGAGGAAGAUGAGGAGGAGCAGCCGGGGAAUCCUAAACAUUUGCUUCCGAUUGGUGCAAUACCCACGUCAUACAACUACCAGCAACACACUGUAUCAGACUAUCUCCGCCAAAGCUACGGGCUGUCGACGGAUUUCAUCCCUCCAUCCGAUUACAACAAACUGGUGCUGUCUCUCCUGUCCGGUCUCCCGAACGAGGUGGACUUUGCCAUUAACGUGUGUACGCUGCUGUCCAACGAGAGCAAGCAUGCCAUGCAGCUCGAAAAAGAGCCCAAACUCGUCACGCUGCUGCUGGCGCACGCAGGAGUCUUCGACGACUCAUUAGGCAGCUUUUCAGCUGUAUUUGGGACAGACUGGCGGGAGAAAACGUCACGAGACUUUGUGAGGUUUUGGAAAGAUGUCAUUGAAGACAAUGAAGUCAAAGAUCUCAUCUCAGACAAGAGCAGCGCGCCCCAAAUUGUUUUUUCAGGAGGAUCGGAGACGAGGGACGUCUGCACUUCUCUCUUCCACCCGGCCCGAAGCGUAGGCAUCGGAGACGUAGAGGGCCAGCGGGUGUUGCAGGUGGCGAUGAUCCUGAGGAACUUGUCCUUCGAGGAGGCUAACAUCAAACUCCUGGCAGCUAAUCGCACAUGUCUGCGCUUCCUCUUGCUGUGUGCGCACUGCUCCUUCAUCCAGCUACGGCAGCUGGGUCUCGACACGCUCGGCAACGUCGCCGGAGAGCUUCAGUUGGAUCCAGUUGAUUUCCGAACAACACAUCUGAUGUUUCACACCAUCACGAAAUGUUUGUUGUCACGGGAUCGGUUUCUCAAAAUGAGGGCCAUGGAAAUCUUGGGGAAUCUGAGCAAAGUGGAGGAUAACGGCGUCCUGAUCUGCGAGUAUGUGGAUCAGGAGUCGUACCGAGAAGUCAUUGCCCUCCUGACGCUGCCGGACAUCAUGCUGGUCAUCUCGGCUCUCGAGGUUUUGUACCAGCUGGCCGAGCUCGGGGAGAUCACAUGCUCAAAAAUCUCCUCCGUGGAGAGAAGCAUAGAUCUUCUGGUGCGGUUGGUGUCGGUGGACCUGCACACGUUCGGACCCGACGCCCUGACGGCAGUCAAACUCAUCGAGCAUCAGGCCUCCAGCUGUCAGGUCUCAGAGGUUCGACCGCAGCUCGUAGAGCACGUCCCCCCUCCUACGCAAGGCACUCCUGGCGCUGUGAACAGGGCACCUGUGCAGUCUACGCCUCCGCCUGGGAUUGUGGAAGUAGAUGGAGAGAAAUUCACAAAUCAGUGGCUAAAUGCUCAUUUCGAGGUUCAUCCAGACUGUUCGGUCUCUCGCUCUGAGAUGUACUCUGAAUAUCUGGCGACCUGCAGCAAGAUGGCGCGGGGUGGUGUGCUGACAUCCAACAACUUCUACAAAUGCCUGAGGACGCUGUUUCCUAAUCACACGGUGAAGCGUGUUGAGGACACACGGCUGAGUGGGCAGGCUCAAAUACACGUGGUUGGUGUGAGGAAGAGGUCGAUUCCUCUUCCCGUCCAGCUUUAUUAUCAGCAGCAGGCCAGUCCUGCACCAGUUCCUAAACACGAAGCCCCCUCAGAAACCCCUCAGGCCCAGUCAGCGCUGCCCCCUGGUGUGGGAGUGCAGCUUGUCCGGGCACCAGCACCAAGCCUUACUGCCGGCCCGGCAUCACCACAGGUGGCCUUCACCAUUCACGGAUCGUCACACGCCAGUGCUCCUGCGCCAUCCCUGACUGUUCCACGACUCCCGAUGAACCCGCCAGGAAUGGCAACACAUCCCCCUUGCCCUCCAGCCACAACCCCGGUUCCCAUACGACCCAAUGACAUCCUCAAAACAGCCAUGAUCCAGAGCUCCAUCCCAACAGCAUCUGCAGUUCCCAACCACAGCAGCACACCUACCCAGCAGCCCUUGCUCCAUCACGCCCCUCUUACACUGAUCCAGCAGGGCCCAGCGCCCCAGGGACAUGUAUUUACAGGUCGAGUGCAAGGAGUUUGUCCUUCAUUGGCACAGCAACGCUCCCAAGAGGCUGUGGUUCUUGCACCGCCUCAAUAUGUGAGUGCGCCAUGCACUUCCCUAAUGGCAGGAGGGCAGGUAGUGACCGUUGCAGGCGUGACGAGCACUCGUGUCGCAUUUCAAAACAUCGCCCCCAAACCAGCACCUCAAGCGCAGUCGCCACAACCUCAACAGCAAACGCAACAGCAAAGCCUAGUCAUUGUCAGUCCAAAUCAACAACCCAACACCGCAUUCGCCCCAGCCAUUCAUCAAAUUGUGCUAACCAACCCCACCUCUCAGACCAUCCAGACAUCUCCCUCUUCUCCAAACACACCGAUCCCCAACCCUGCCCCGGCCCAGCCACACACAGUCAGUCAGAUGCUGUCCGUCAAACGGCAAUUUCAGCAGGCUCCGCCCCCUCCUCCACCCCCAACCCAACCUACCUCCACAGAAUCCAGUCUGAUCAAACAAUUACUGCUUCCGAAACGUGGUCCUUCCACCCCUGGCGGAAAACUCAUUCUCCCCGCUCCGCAAGUUCCCACUCCGGCGAGCACCAGGGCGCCCAGUCCGCAAGUCGUAUACCAGGUGACCAACAGCGGUUCGGUGCCACCUCAACCGCAGUUGAACGUGCAGCUCAUGCAGAGUCCCGGUGCCGUUCCCAUCUCAAUCCUACCAGGCCAGAUCAUUUCCACCUCUACUCCUGGUACACUCCUGCAGGCUGCGCCCAACAACCAAGUUACCUUCACUGUUGUGCCAAACUCUGGCUUCCCCGGCCAGGUAGCGCAGACUCCGCCCACAAUCGGCCUGCAUUUGACUCCGCCUCUGCCAAUCGCGGGAGCCACGCCCAUUCCACCUUUCCGAGGUGACAAAAUCAUCUGCCAAAAGGAGGAGGAGGCCAAGGAUGCCACGGGAUUGCACGUGCAUGAACGCAAGAUCGAGGUCAUGGAGAACAAUUCGGUCCCCGAUGGUUCGGCCAAAGCCAGCAAUGGGGAAUCGGCAGAGGUGGACGGACCGAAGCUGCUCAACGGGAGGAAAUUCGACUCGAGUCUACCUCCAUAUCACUCAGGGAACAGCCAAGCAGAGGCUACACAGGCGCCGAACGGCCCCCAGGGCGGCAGCGAAGGCCCUGGAAAGCAGACGCCCUGCGACCCUAAAAAGCUAAUGGUGAACGGGGUGUGUGACUUAGAGCGAACGGACGCUGGUUCCCAUCCAAGCAAAAACAUUCCAAAUCAUAAGGCUUCCAAACACAUGGGGAACGGUGAGGUGUUGUCGCCUCAGAAAGCGCACGGGCUCACGGACUCUCUCAUGGACACUGCCAAAGCAGAGCAGGCAGAACGCCUGGCCAACGGGCCCAGCCACGGCGCUGAGAUCUCCAACGGCCCGAACUCAGAGACAUUGGGCGUGAGGCAACAGCACCCACCUCAUAACCACUCCCCACCUCCGCAUGUUUCCGAGCCGGCUCCCGCGAACGGCACCAUGGAGAGCCGGCCGCUGAAGAGACCGCUGGAGGACGGGGAGCGAGGUAACUCCGGCAUCCCCGCGAAAAUGGGUGUACGGAUAGUGACCAUCAGCGACCCCAACAAUGCUGGCAACAGCGCCACCAUGGUGGCCGUGCCGGCGGGCGCAGACCCAAGCACAGUAGCAAAAGUAGCAAUAGAGAAUGCAGCACAGCAGAGACCAAGUGUGCCCUCGCCGCUUCCUGAAACCAAUGCUCAGCAGCCUGUGUCAGUUCAGACUCCGCCUCCAGUGGAUCAGGCUUCACAGGGAGCCAAUCAGAGUUCUCCAGCACCGGGAGCCAAUCAGAGUUCUCCAGCACCCGCCCUCUCUCCAGAGCAAGCACGCAAACCUGGACAGAACUUUAAAUGUCUGUGGCAAGCAUGCAAACGGUGGUUUGACACGCCAUCACAGGUGUUUUACCAUGCAGCUACCCAACAUGGCAGUAAAGACGUGUACCCAGGGCAGUGCCAAUGGGAGGGCUGUGAACCUUUUCCUCGACAGAGACUAUCCUUCAUCACACACCUGCAGGAUAAGCACUGCUCGAGGGAAGCGCUCAUAGCUGCACUCAAACUGGAGGAGCAAACACAAGGCAGCAACCCCAACACUUCCAAGUCUCCUCCAGCGGCGGUCAGCAGUCCUCCUCCUCCCAGACCACAGAAAGCUCUCGUCAACCACCCCAGCGCAGCUCUGAUGGCUUUACGUCGAGGCUCCAGGAACCUUGUGUUCAGGGACUUCACAGACGAUAAAGAGGGACCAAUGACCAAACACAUUAGACUAACUGCUGCCUUAACAUUAAAGAGCAUCGCCAAGUACUCGGAUUGUGGGCGGAAGCUGGUGAGGCGGCAUGAGAAUCAUCUGUGUGUGUUGGCGCUGAGCACUAUGGAGGUCUCCACCACGCUCGCUAAAUGCCUUUACGAACUCACGCGCUCUCUGCAGGCCUGAGCUCAGCUCAACCCAAACCCCUUGGGAAGCAGAUGAGAAGAAUCCGGUUUCCCCGUUCAGCGUUGUCGGGUUACGGGGCGAUACCUCUCGUCUCCCUAAAACACCUCCCUCUCUCUCUCUCUCUCUCUCUCCAUUCCCAGUCCCUCUCAAACUGCCACGGGUCUUCCACCAGCCACUCAGAAACCAGCGCCCAUUUCACUCUUCUAACCGCCUCUUCACGCCUGGCCCAACGAGCACAUUUUUAUAGUCCCCGAACGAGCGCCUCUGAUUGGACGAGGGGGGGUUGUGGGCGGGGCAAGUGGACAACGGGGCGGGGCGGCGGAGGUGUGGCUAGAUUCUUUUUCUUUGUAACUUGAUAGCUUGGUUUUCUUACUUGAGCUGAUUAUAUUUUCACUUAUUUAUUAUUGAAAUAAAUACCAAUAUGAGUAAAUGAGAAAAAAAAAAAAAAACGUGUAAAUAUUUGUGAAUAGAUAUAAAGUUAAAUCCCCCUCCUUCAUGCCGC